CACUGAUAGGUGGCACUGACUGACAUCACUGCUGGGCACUGACUGGCAGCAUUGCUGGGCACUGACUGGCAGCACUGCUGGGCUGCGCUGAUGGGCACUGGUGGGCACAGGUGGGUGGCACUACUGGGCACAGGUGGUGACACUGCUGGGUGGCACAGGUGGGUGCAUUGCUGGGCACAGGUGGGGCGGAACUUGUGUGUGGCACUGCUGGGCACCGAUCAUCAGGGCACUGAUGAUCAGUGACCCUGAUGAUCGGUGCUGAUCCCCGCUCUGACAACUGCCGGUUUUCGGCAGUACUUUCCUCACGAUCUGACAGCAUGAGGAAAGUGCAGCCGAGAACCGGCAUUUGCAU